AUGGCUAACACGGGAAUGGAUCGGUCAUUUUUGACAGCCUCUGUCGAGGAUCUUGUUCGUCACAUGUCCCUCACGGAGAAGGUGGCUUUUAUCGCAGGGGAGGAUUGGUGGAGGACCGUGGCUUUACGCAGGCUUAAUAUUCCUUCUGUAAAGGUUACAGAUGGACCCAACGGUGCCCGAGGGCAAUCAUUUUCCAAGAUGACCCCUGCUGUUGUUCUUCCCGAUGCAACCUGUUUAGCUGCCACUUUCUCUCAGGCCCUUGCCAGCGACGCCGGUCGCUUACUCGCCGCUGAGGCCAAAGCAAGGAGCUCAGUCUGUUUGUUGGCGCCGACCGUCAUCAUCUGCCGAAGUCCCCUCGGAGGCAGAGCAUUCGAAUCGUUUAGCGAGGACCCUACCCUUAGCGGUAUCGUGGCCUCCGAGUACAUUAAGGCUCUUCAAGCCGAAGGCAUCAGCGCAACCAUCAAGCACUUCGUUGCCAACGAUCAAGAGCAUGAGAGAAUGGGUCAGGACUCCAUAAUUGGCCCCCGAGCGCUCCGGGAGAUUUAUCUUCGGCCUUUCCAGAUAGCACAAGCCCGCGCUAGCCCUUGGUCGUACAUGGCUUCGUACAACAAGCUCAACGGCACCCACUGCUCUGAGCACGACUGGCUGUUGAAACAACUUCUCCGAACUGAGUGGGGAUUCGACGGACUUGUCAUAUCCGACUGGAUGGGUACAUACUCUGUUGCCGAGGCCAUCAACGCCGGACUCGACUUGGAAAUGCCCGGAAAACCUCGCUGGCGUCAACUGCAGCUGGUGCGUCAAUCGAUCAAUGCUCAUAAGAUUCUACCCGAGACACUCGAUGAGCGAGUCACUACGGUCCUGAAAUGGGUCCAGAAGCUUGCUUCCUUGAACCCUGAUAUCGUCUAUGGCCAAGACGACUCCAUAGAAUGGACACGCAAGGAGCACCAGGAAGCGGAUGCGGCCCUGGUACGGCGUAUCGGUAACGAGGGCAUCGUACUGCUCAAAAAUGAGCAGUCAACGCUUCCCAUUCGGCAGGGCAAGGUAGCCGUAAUUGGUCCCAAUGCCAAGAACGCUGUUAUUAUGGGCGGUGGCAGUGCAAGGCUUCGGCCGGCCUGGUGUGUCUCGCCAUGGCAGGGCCUAGUCGACAACAAACCAGACCGCGUUGAGCUAUCGUAUACACUGGGCUGCAAGGGUUCCAAGUUCUUGCCCAUCCUUGGUGAAGAGUUCACCAGUAUGGACGGUGCCACACCAGGUUUCGAUAUACUUCACUACGCCAUCAUCGGCGGUAGGCAGGCGAGCCGGCCAGCUGUCUCUGAGGUCUGGAAGAACUCAGACAUCAUGCUCGCCGAUUUUCACCAUCCAGACUUGGGGGAAGAUUACUUCACUGAGAUCCGUGCUUUAUUCACCGCAUCAAUUACCGGUGACUGGCAGUUCGAAGUCAGUGUCACUGGUCAAGCUUGGCUGUAUCUCGACGAUGAGCUAGUGGCCGACCUGUCCAAAGGACAGAAACGAACUUCUUCUUUCUUUGGAAACGGAGGAAAUGGCACUAUAAUCACGGUCCCAGUGACUAAGGACAAAGUCUACCGCUUCCGCCUGGUCCAUGACUCCAGAAAGCCUCCACUGGCUCCAGGACAAGACAGCCAGCCAUUGCAACUCAUUGGCAUAAAGCUCGGGUCCCUACCGGUCAUCGACGAAGACCAAACAAUUGACAAGGCUGUCGAGCUGGCGAGAGCGUCGGAUGUGGCUGUCUUGGUUGUUGGGUUAGAUCAAGAUUGGGAAUCGGAAAGCUAUGACAGGCCCAACCUGUCUCUGCCUCUCCGGCUAAAUGACCUUGUUCAUCGUGUAGCCACCGAGGCUCCAGACACCAAAAUGGUUGUCGUCCUGCAGACAGGCUCCGCCGUAUCGAUGCCCUGGCUGAAACACGUUGACUCGGUUAUAUGGCCUUGGUACGGCGGAAAUGAAGCGGGAAAUGCUAUUGCCGACAUCGUCUACGGGAAGGUAAAUCCUUCUGGCAGGUUACCAAUUAGUCUGCCCAAGAGAGAGCUUGACAUCGCUGCAAAUCUCAAUUUCAAGUCGGCCAGGACCAAAACUUACUAUGAAGAAGGCAUCUGGGUUGGCUACCGCCACUUCAACGCUAGAGGCAUUGAUCCCAUGUACCCCUUCGGCCACGGCUUGUCAUACACCACCUUUGAGUACUCUGAACUCACCGUUUCUGCCUCCGCAUCCGCUUUGCCCAGCUCAUGGCGGAUCAACGUCUCUACUAAGGUGACUAACACUGGGUCGGUUCCCGGUGCUCAUUCGGUCCACUUCUACACCACCCCCCCACCUCCGACUUCUAACUCCCUUAUACACCCUGAAGUAACUCUACAAGCCUUUGCUAAGACCGCUGUACUGUCACCUGGGCAUUCUGAAACUGUUUCUAUUGAGAUGGACAAAUACGCUAUCUCGCAUUGGGAUGAAUUGACUUCAUCAUGGCGAGCCGAGCCUGGCCAAUGGCAAGUACAGAUCGGGAGAGAUGCCCAGACAAUGUGCGCCAAGGAGUCGUUUACUGUACCUCCUGGCUUCCAGUGGACAGGACUUUAG